AUGUUCGGCUCAAACACCAUCCAGCCAUCACUUUAUCAAAACCUGCUGUCCCAAGGCGGCAACUCAACGUUUACCAUGAUCGAAAAUGCCCCUGCUCAGCCGAAGACGAGAACUGGAGGUUACCAUUGCCCUCCCAUUCCGGGCCUAACGCUCGUAGCUCCUGAACAGACCUUUUCCACCACUACCACUGUCGUAGGAGACGGUACUCUUCCUCCCACCCUUCCAGGGUCUCUUCCUCCCACAUCUUCGGAUACUGUCGUCGACGAGACUCAAUCCACCUCACUCUCCGAGGAGCCUGAGACUCCCAAGGAACCAUGCAUCUCGUUCGAAAAGGACUUCGACCCCAAUGCCAACAUGCACGACCUCGCUCGCCGCCUCGUACAAGACCGUCUCAAUCUUGGACUCGACCACUCAGAACUUCUGAUUGAGGCAUUGGUCCUCCGCAAGAAAGCUCAAGACCGGAGGUUUCUGGAGCAAAAGGGCCCUGACGACGGACCGCUGGCCGGCAUCUGGACCGUGGUGCCCGACGUGCGUUCGGAUGAGUAUUGCUUUUACACGGCAAUCAUCCUCACCCUCGAACAUAACCCUGUUGUGUCCACCACCCGCAAGGGAACUCGCUCGCUGUUCGAAGCAAAGCUGUCGACGAUCGGCCACGACUGCUGCACGAUGUAA